CAGUCGGGCCUUUGCUCGAGAAUCCCCAGUCGAAUUCUUCUGCCUGGCAGUGGGCGGGCGGGGCGGGCGAGGUCCCGGAAACGCUUCACGGCCCUGUCUAGUGCGCUGACCCGCCCCUUCCCACACUCUUUCCCCCCCCGCCCCCCGCUCGGUCUGCACUCUGCCGGUACCACCCGGAGACGCCCCCCUCGCCUCACGCAGACGGAAAGGGGGGGGAGAGUUGCCCCACUCCGCACACACACAAACACACCCCGGAAGCGACGGGGGGCUUGGCCUCCUCUGCUGCCCCCAACGCCCAGGGGCCGGAUGGGAGGGGAGCGCGAGAUGGUGCUGCUGGAACCGGCCCCCCCGCGAGCGGUGAGAGGGGUGGGGGGAGGGCCGGGGUGUGUAUGUGAGAGAGAGAGAGGUGUGGAGGGAUUGUUGGCAAAACAUGGCAAGGCGGGUGAGGGGGGCAGGCUGGCUGUGUGUCCAGUAAGCAGGCAGGAAGGGGUCAAAGUGGUGACUUGAGGGGCAAUGCUUUGGGGUGGGGGCUCCUAUGCCUUGAAAGGGGCGACCCCCCGCUCCACAAACAAAAGGCUGCAACAGUGGAUGGGCUACUGGGGUGGAUUAAAACCUUGUAUGGGUUGGGAGGGGGGGAUACCAAGUGUGUCCUGGCACCUGCUUAUUUUUAAGCAGUAAAUGAAAGGCAGGGCAUAAACUUUAUUCCCCUGUUCUUUAUCUGUUUUCAUCUUACAAAUUUAGCAGUUGUGGUGUUCAUGAAGUUGGUAAUCAAUUUAUAGAUGAACUGGGGACUGAAGAAAGGAGGUAUAUUCUGGGUGAUGGGGAACCUGUUUUUGAGGCCUGCUAAUCGAGGACCAAUGUUAAGGGGUCAGGUGUCCAUCCCCUUGCAUGCACACAACAGGCACACUUUUGGACCUGUAUUGCUUGGUUUUGAAUGAUUAAAUCACAGACAGGGUGAAACUUCAAUAGGGUGUGAGUCUUUUCUCUUACACCUACAUGCUCAGGAAAACUUUUUGUCUGUUUUGGAGGCUGCUUUCAGGUUGCUUGGAUAUGCCACACCUUGCAUGUAUUUGUAUAGCAGGGAUAUGAGCAGUGCUACAAUUAUUACUUUGUUUCUGUUGCAAGUAAUUGCAUAUGUAAUAGCUGCUUCUGCUGCCUUUUUUUUUGGCAUGUCUCCUCAGCAGGGUGACUGCAGUAUGAUGCUGCUGCUUUGGUUUUGGCAGCUUUGAAGAUAGACAGUCUUGAGUGGUAGCAAGGCCUUGGCAGUAUACUGAAACUUAUUCUUGCUAAAUAUUUUUAUAUCUUGUUUGGUGUAGGCAAAUUUUAGAGUGUAUAUGUUCAAAAGAUUGAGUAAGACCACUCAGGUGUUAGUUUUUUUCUGUGGGUUUUUUUAUGCCAUACUUGUGCUAGUCUGGGCCAAGAGCUACUUGUGUGUACUGCAUUCAUAUAUAAUUAAGAAGCCAGGGUAGCCUUGCUUCAGGAGAACUGAUCUUCACUACAAACCGAAAAAGCUAUGAAAUGUCAGGGCAUUGUUGUAGAUGGGAAACUGUGUCACCUGUUUGGCUUUUUUAUUUUGUUUCUCUUCUGGGUAAGCCAACCAUACAAAUAAGGCAACAAAACAACUAGCCUUCCUGCCCCUAUGUACCUCUGGUAGUUAUUUGUGGCACAAAGGAAAUGGAGUAGAGAGAAUCAGUGUUUGUAAUGUUUUCAUGCCUAAGUAACCCAAAGAAAACGCUUAUAUGCCUCUGGUUGUGAUAAAGGGAUUUUCCAUUGUGGUGAUGCAGUGGAAUAAUGCUCCACCUGUAAAAGUAAAAUUAUGAUGAUAAAACUUUUAAAAAAUAUGAGGCAGGUGGAAGGCGAUGUGAGUUGUAAUACUUGUUGCCUGUAAUGUGAGUGUGUUAUGUUGUAGGUGACUGUGGAACUUGCACAGCCAUGUUUUUUGUUGCACUAUUGCAAUUGCUACAUUUGGUACAUUAGCUAGGAUAAAAACUGCAUUUCCCUAGUGACAUUGUACUCAGUGGUAGAUAAAUAUGAUUUCCUUACAACAGAAGCACAACCUGGAUUACAGAGACCUUCAACCCCUAUGAUUAGAUCUAUUCUUAUAAAAUUAUAAACUCUAGUAUAGGGGUUUCCAAGCUGUAGUCUGUGAACCACCAGUGGUCCGCAGGCUUCAUUUAAGUCAUCCAUAGAAUAUCUGUAAAAAUGCAAAUAAAAAUCAUACAUUACCUAGCAUAGUACUUGUCAAUUGUUAUAGCAGGCAGAAAAACCAUUAGGUUGUUUGACAGAUUUUAAUAAAUGUUUAAGUAGUCCAUGGGGACAAAGGUCUGGAAGCAAGCACAGUAGUGAACAAUAAAAAAUUAUUCUAAUUAUGUAUUAUUCCAUCCCAAGUGCUUAUGUAUAUUGUUUCUACUAGUGUAGAGGCAAGAGAAAGCAUGGAUAUAACUUUAUAAAUAUAUGUAUAAUGUAAUACCAAAUCUAGAAUUUGGUACAUUUAGGAAGCAUACUUUGAGAUGGAGAUAAGUACUGAUAAUCAUAUUGGAAGUGUAGUAAAAAUUGCAGUUUAACUUCUGUGUUUUGAUAGAUGUAUGAUGCCAUCUGUGCCACUUUUGAUGUGUGAAUUGAAGUGGAAGCAAGAUUCUCUUGGGACAUUCAAAAGGCAACAAUAAAGAAGAAAAUGAAUCCUUUAAAAAACUGAAUAAUCUUUUAACUAAGAUUUCUCCACAUGAAGCAUUAUAUCUUUAGCCCUGUGUCUUGUGAGACCUUUUUCACUUUCAGUGAAGAAUUUCUGCCAAGCAGAGCAGUAUAACAAACUUUCUGGCCAGCUGCUCCCAAGCAUUGUAAACUGGGGGUUUUCUAGGUUAUCUUCUAAUUCCCUGUCAGUCAGUGAAAAGUAUUACCUUCUGUAAUCUUCACAUAUUCUGUUUCAUAGGAACACAAUAAUACAUCUUGAGCUAGUCUAUUAAUUUCAAAAUAAAAGAGCUAGAUAAAUUAAAAGCAACAUAUAUCAGCUGCCAUUUACAAUGAAAUAGAUAUGCAAUGAUAUGCAAUGAUGAGUAUAAACUAGAAACAACUGUUUUAAGGCAUUGUCUCUCUAUCUUUUAGUAAGUUCUAGAGUGCUAGCUAGAGAUGUAAGUCUUUAAAGACUUCUGGAAGUCUUUAAACUGUAAAAGCAGAAAUAAUGGGAAUUGAAACUUCUGUAAUACUUAUUGUACUAUUUGGCAUAUUUAUCAAUUUUAAAACUUCAAGUGUCUUAGUUUUGUACAAGCAAAAUUGCAAAUUGGAUGUAAGGUAAACUCUAGGGUUGCGGCGUUCAUCUCGCUUUAUUGGUUGAGGGAGCCGGCGUACAGCUUCCGGGUCAUGUGGCCAGCAUGACUAAGCAGCUUCUCUCGAACCAGAGCAGCACACAGAAAUGCCAUUUACCUUCCCACCAGAGCGGUACCUAUUUAUUUACUUGCACUUUGACGUGGUUUCGAACUUCUAGGUUGGCAGGAGCAGGGACCAAGCAAUGGGAGCUCACCCCGUCACGGGGAUUCGAACCGCCGACCUUCUGAUCGGCAAGUCCUAGGCUCUGUGGUUUAACCCACAGCGCCACCCACAUCCCUCUGGAUGUACUGUACCCAGUUGUAAUGCACUUUCUUCUGGGGUUCUCACUCAAACAUUCAGAUGGUGUUUUUUUAAAGGCUUUGGUACCCACAAUAGGUCUUUUGCAGUUUUUGUCCUACCAUCUUCUGACUGUUUUAUUUUCCAGCAAGGCAGAGCAAUAAGGUACGUGUUUCCCCAGUCUGUAAGAGGAUGUCCAUUGAGGGGUAAGAUGAAAAAGUUGGCCACAAGGAAGGGGUCAGGUCAAAAGAAAGCAGAAUCAAGUUACUUGCUUCUAGUCUACUAGUAUCUCAAAAUCAGACUAGAAGUUGCCAGAAGAAGGCAAGUAGCAAUUGUAUUGAAGGCCUUUUAUAAUCCUCUCAUGAAGAUGCCACAUCCUCUAAAUGCAGAAGUGCAUUUUGAAUUUCAGUGUUAUAGAUGUAAUAAUUAUCAUUAUUUAAUGCUGCAGAUUGCCUUACAUUUUCUACCCUGCAUUUCUUCCAUCAUGGAGUAGAGUUGUCUCCCUUAUAUCCACAAUUACAAGCUAACAUCUUACACCAAAUCCUGCUUUAGGCCUACUAUCUUUGGGCAUAGACUUGGACUCCACUCUGCACCACAAAGAACACAUAGGCUUCUUACUGACUGCAGCACGAUUAGCAAUAGCUUAACAAUGGAAGAACCAGACUGAAAUACCCCUGAACAUAUGUGAAAAUAAUAGCUGGGAUCCAGCAAUGUCUGAGCAUCUCACCAGACACAGAAGAGCAAUGUGGACGCUUUUCUUUAACUAUGUUAAUGAACCAAAUCAAGACCUUGUUGUACCAACUGAUGAGUCUUCUUAGUGGAGAUGGUAUGUUCAGUAAUAUGUUUGAACAUUGAAUGUAUAAGCUUAUGUCUAAAGCCAAUGGAUAGAAGAAACACCAUUAGCUGUACAUCUGAAUGAGUGUUUAAUGGUUCUUGUAUUUGUAUUUGUUAAAAAAACCAAUAAUAAUUGUGUGGUGUUGUUUUUUUUUAAAAAGACUGGAAAUUGGAUUCUCAACUUUAGACCCCAUGUAGCUUUUAAGUUAACCAGGUAACCAUGGUCACAUCUGAACCUAUUUGUAUGUGAUUGAAGUAGUAUAAAAACCAGUAAUUUAAUAUUGAUUGGGCAGUUAGUAAUAGGAUGUUAGAUUUCCCCUCCCCUUUCUAAUUCUCCAGUAGUGGAGAGAGGUGGUGGUGUCAUCUUUGUAGGAACCUGGGCAAUGCAUAUAGAGAUGCUGUUGUGUGGUAAGUGAAGGAUGGAUGUGAUAUAGCAGGGAACAGUUCUGAAGAUGCUGGAAAACGGGAAUAUAUGGUUUGUUGUAGGUAAUCCGCCACUAACUCUACACAGCCUGCAAAACUGUCCUAUGAUUUCUUGCUUGUGAAAGCAAUCUACGUCCUGACUUCAGAUCCUGUUUGACCAUUUGUUGUAGAGCAGUAGGACUGAACAUGGAACUGGAAUUUUAAGCUGGCUGUGCAGCAGCCUCUUCAUGGGGCUGUCUUUGCAUGCAAGCUGUCAAAUUAUAUGGUGCACCUCUUACUAUAAGUGAGGCGGCACUUGGCCUGGAAAAGCUAUAGCAAUACAACUCUUUUAUUUUUACAUUGCAGAAUAGUAUCUGGAGUCACAUUAGUGAACUAUCAUGGGGAAACAUGACAGUGGUAGUUUGAACGAGUGCCACAAGUUGUAUCUACACUGUUGCCUGCUUUUAGUAAUUUUUUGGGAUUGCUGUGAUCAUGGCUUCUGAGGACCAACUCGCACAGUUAUACUUUACCACUUACAUUGUAGGAUUGGGAUCACUUCUAACAGUAAUCAGGUGUACAGUAUUUUCUGAACCCAUGUUCUGCACUCUUCUGGAACAGAAUCCAGCCUUCAUAAAUAAGUAGAGAAGCAAUCAAUGGAUAAUGUUUUCAUUAUCCUCUUAUUUUAAAAUCUAUCUUCGUGCAUUUGUGUGCCUCUGUUUCAUAUUUGUAGUUACAGUCAUACCUUGGAAGUCUAACGGAAUCCGUUCCAGAAGUCCGUUUGUCUUCCAAAAUGUUUGGAAACCAAAGUGUGGCUUCUGAUUGGCUGCAGGAAGCUCAUGCAGCCAAUCAGAAAUACCAUCAGAUGUUUGGCUUCAAAAAAUAGUUUGCAAACCGGAACAGUCACGUCCGGGUUUGUGGUGUUCGGAAGCCAAAACAGUCAAGAAUAAGCUGUUUGAAAACCAAGGUACAACUGUAUUUAGCUUAUGCAUUUCUUGUACAAUUCUGGUGUUGGGAAGCAGACAUAUUUGUGAAGAUUCUCUAGUAACAAAAUACUAAUUGUAGUCUUGCCUGAAAAAUUCAGUACUUGAAAUAAAUGAGUUUUACAUUAGACUGUGCCAAGUAUUUCUUCCUGAUUUUGCAAAAAAGUAUCUUUUGAGUGCAUGUUUGGGAGACAAAGUGUGUGAAUGAGAGACGGAAAUGGAGCAUAUUAUUGUUUGUUGGACAGGGUUGGAGAAAACAGUUCUAACUUGUUCCACUGUCAAAUCUGGGAUCUUCUGUCUGGAUCCUUGAACUGCAUAAGUGUAACACUUCACUUCAGCAAAUGCUGAAACAGGAGUUUGAAUUAGGUCAAAUCCUUAAACUGUAAUCUCCUACUACUCAUGUUUAGGAAUAUGUAGCCAAUGAUAGUAACAUCUACUGAAGCCGCUUCAUGCUUGGUUCCUCUCAAUGUAUUGAUCUGUAUUUGAAUGUUAGUGGCAAUGCUGACAGUAUGAGUGCAUGGCCAGCCAAAUUUCAUUCCAGUGAGAUUUUUACAUUUAUAAAGAUUAUCUCUCUAGACUGUCACAUGUAAAUGUUGCAGUAUGCCGUCUUCCCUAAAUGACGUGGAAGGACUGAACUAUGCAUUAUGUUAUACAAUGCAGCUAUCUUUAUGUUACGGUCCAGUUCGGGAGUCAGAACUGGAGUGCUAACAUAUUAAACAGCAUUGCUGUGUGUUCCAAGGUGAUCAGGCCUGAGACACAUCCUGGGAUCUCUCUGUGCAAUGGGAUGCCAAGACAAACACCUACAGCCUGGGAUCUUACUUUGCCAGUGAAUAUAUGGACACACAAGCAGACCAAUAACGAAAUUACUACUUGACCAAGUUUUCCACAGCUAGUGCAUCCUCUCCCUCAUGGAGAAAUGGGGACUAGAAAUUGGAUGGAAGGAGUUAUCCUACCUAAGCAGACUAGCCCUCAUCCACACCAAUACCAAGGAUGGGGUAAUACUCACACAAAGGAUCCUGGCUAGGGACCCUUGUAACAAGUGAAAAUAGGAAAAGGGUGAGGCAUGAGAGAAGGAAGUGCUGCAGAGACAUUACCUCUUUGAGGGUUCUCUGUGUGGGCUUCUUGGAAUUGGCACUGAGAGAGAACUGUCUUUAUACAGGUACAAAAUGGAGAACAAAGCCCUAUCUCUCGGGAUCCAGAAUGCCAUAAGUCUGUAGAAACAACAUUAUCCAUUGCCAAAAUCCAGGCUUCACACACAUGGGAACAUCCAUUAUGUAGACCUAGAUUCUCUGCAUAUUAAAGUAGCAAAGUCCAGAUUACUUGCAUCACAGUUGCAGCUUGAUUUUCACACCUCAUAUCCACUAGUCCUAGUCAUCUUUUUUGCUUCCAACCUUUGAAAGGGAAAAACCAUUCACAUUCCCCACCCUCGCAAAUGUAUCAAUUCUGCUUAUGUGGUCACUAAGCAGUUACUAAGGCUCCUUAUCUUCAAGGUUGGAUUGCUUCUGCAAAGCUUCAUUUACUGUACUAAGUUUCUGGUCUUUCUGGGUUACAUACGUGUACUUAACUUUAAAAUGAAAGGAUAGGACAGAAUUAAGAAGUUUGAUAUAUGUAAUAUUAUAUAUACUAUAGAAUGAAUACAGUAUGUCAUAAGCAUAAAUACUUCAAACAUUUACUUACCAGGUUACCAAAUACACAAGGUACAUUUAGCAAUGUUUUCAGAUACAUGGGUCACCCACCUCUGCUUGCCAUUAAUUUGGGAAAAUCCAAGUAACUAUUCAUGUUAGUUUUGAAGUGUAUGUUCAGAGUGUGAUUUGCUAUGUAGUUCCUCUUCUGUUCUGAACUGAAGAGAAAUCUAAAGGUGAGGAUGGUAGAGAUGUACUGGUCCCAAGCUCUCUUGCUAGAAGAAGCAUAAUUAAGAAAGUUACUUUUGGGAGGGACAAGCUUGCUCAUGUCUCAUUUAUUUGAAGAUUCCUGUCCCAAGUCUAGGAAAAGAAAGUUGUUUUCAAGUACAAUCCUAUAGAGUAUAUGUUGUAAUUAUUCUUCACUGUGGCACUGAGUGAUGAAAGUCAUGGCCUUAUGAAAUAAUAAUCUGAGACUUUGAUAUUCAUAUGUCCAUCAGAUAUGUAUAUGUUUUUGUGUGAUUGUCUAAAUCAUGUUAAACUAUUUCUUCAUUUUAUUUUAUUUGUAUUUAUAGAAGAUGCCAAAAGCAUCAGAAGAGCAUAGCCACUGGGAAGCCUGUUGACUGCUAUUUUCUUAGAGUCUUGAGACUAACAUCAGACUGACAUGGCACAGAGCAGCCAGCAACUCGACAUGCAGGUACUCCAUGACCUCCGGCAACAUUUCCCCGAGAUUCCAGAGAGUGUGGUGUCACAGUGCAUGCUCCAGGUAAGAGAUAAAACAGUGGUUUCUCUUUGAAAAGAGUUCAUUGUAAUAUGCUAGUAAGAUCCACACACAAUUUCAUCUUCUUUGUUUCUAAAAGAUAAAGGCUUUUUUUGUGGGGUUGAGGGUGAAAACUUAAUUCCAAGCUAGGUCUUCAGGCUUCCCAUAGCAUACUUCAUUAUAUGUUAACACAAAGAUUUUCAACUUUUUUGAGUCCGUGGCUCCCUUGACCAACUACAUUCUUUCUGUGGCUCCCCUGUGGGGAAAUGCACUUCGAGUCUCAGGAGCUUAUUUAUGUUGCCCCUUGCCUGCUGAGCUGUCAGCCCCUCACCCCUUUGGGACACCUCUCCUCAGGAAUCCUCACUUGCCUGCUUGCUUGCUUGCUUACUUACUCACUCCAAGGCCACCUCAGCUCCUGGCAACCAGCACCUCCUGCCCUGCCCUUGUGGCAGCAUUCACCUAGAGAACUUGUAGCCAGGGCCGGUGCAAGCCUUUGGAGGCAGAGACUUGAGAGGGCACCAGAGGAGGGGAAGGAGGCCAGGGCUGCCCAUGGCGCACCUGACCACCACCAUCUGAAGUGCCCCAGGGUGCCAUGGCGCACUGGUUGAAAACCAUUGUUAACAUAUCUUUCACUAAUAAAAUAGAUUCUACUCGUACCACUUUAAUUUAGUUAAAAAUCCCAUUGCAUCUAAUUAGCACAGGUACAGGUUAUGUCCUGUUGAGAUCAGCGAGAUUAAAACAAUGGUUAAGCUCUUAAAUGCUAUCUAUCUAUAUCAUCUAUCUAUCUAUCUACCUACCUAUGCAUUUUUAUUUUCCUCUAGUCAUCCACAGGGCAUUUUGUGUUCUAAUUUAAAUAAUUGUAUUUUAUUAUCAAUAUAUUAUUUUAAGUGGAACACAAAAUGCCCAUGGGGGAAGCAGAAAGAAAUCAAAUGUGUGGCAAAUAAGUAUAGGCAUGUAAUCUGCAAUCCGGAGGAAUGAAAGAUGAGCAUGCCUGGGUCCUUUUAAAAUCAUCCUCAUUCCAAUAUGACACCGGCCUGUUGGUAGUUCUUGUGCUGUUUAGCUGUGAUAAGAUUUUAAACAAAGUAUUCCUACAUAAAAUAAAAUAGUGUUGUGCAAAUAUCACUAAACAAUUUGCAUUGGAGACUUUCAAUGACUUGCAGAGGAAAGGGGAAAUGUUUAAAGCAAAUAAGGUAUUUCCUCCCUGUAGUGUAAGCUCCUAAGGUGGAAUUCUCUCACAGUAAGAUACCUGUUACGUUUUUGUUUUGUUUGUGCUUGUGUUUUGGGUAAUACUGCCCUGAACACAUUUAAGUGAUUUCAUAUGGGAACAAUGCCAGAAUAAGAAAGGUGUGUGCUUUUGAUGCCAAGACAGUAAGAAAAGGUUCUGUAGGUAGGCAGUUGCAAGAGCCAGGAAUCGGCUGAAGAAACAAUGAAUGCACUGGUUUGAGGCCUCAGUAGAAAGAUUGAGGCUGCUUAGCUACUUGGCAAACACAUUUUCAAAUACUUAUUUUGAUUUUUCUACCCUUCAGUAAGGAGGAAAAUUUUGUUUGACUCAGAGUAUUAUGAUUUAAACUUGGAAUGUUGGCAUAUCUGGGGAAGUUCUUUACCAGACCUUUCCACAGAUGCUCCCUUUUCCCUCUCCUUCAAUGAAGUGUUCAGGAAACCAGUCUGGUAAUGGCAGAAGCUGUGUAGGCCUGAUCCUUAAGACCUUGGUGCUCCUACCAUUGAGCUUAUCAAAAACAAUACUUUGGGAGCUAUAGCUCUUGUGGAUCCUGGGGUAGUGGAUGGUUAGGAGCCUCCAGAUCUUAUGGAUGAAGCCUACAAACCUGUCACCAACCAUCUUUCCCCAUCUUGAAGGGUGGGAAUGUGGUGGGCAAUGACCCUAUGGAACUCCCCAUCCUAAAAUUCAGGUAUUUCAUGCUACAGGUAAAGCUUUAGAAUUUCCAAAUAUUUGUUUGACUUAAUAAGUGAUAGGGGGUGUCGUAUACACGGGUGUGUGUGUGUUAUACACGGAAAAAUAUGGUAUUCCACUGACCUCUGACAGUAUUGCAAAUUAACAUUUUCUGGAAAAAGCAAAAUAAAAAAUUAUAAUGGUUCAUGAUAAAAUUAUAAGAAGUUUGCUAUAGUCUUGCACAUGGAAAAGGGAACAAAACCAUAGGAAUAAAACAAUAUUGAAGAAAAAACACUCUUCUAAAGUAAAGACACAUGCACAACAGGCGGCUUGGAGGAGGCAUCUCACUGGAGGUUGCACUGGCAGAUUCCUUGAAACCCAAGCACAGCAGAGUGUAGAUCUCAGUAUUCUGCACUUAGCAAACUUCAGUGUGUUCAAUCCUGUUGAUCACAAUUUGAAGAGAAUGUCAAUAAAUUUAAGAGGUUUCAUUAGAUAGCAACAAAGUGUAGAUUUUAAAGCUUACAUUAUUAGGAAUCAUUUAAUAUAUCCCUCCAAAUGUUUUUUGACCAGUGUAGUUAUUGCUUUUAGAGAUGUUAAGAGAUGCUUGAACGUUGUAUGUCUCCCACCUGCUCCUGUUUCCUCACUUUCAAGCUACAAAUAAGGACAACAUUUAACCUUUCCCAUCAGUUAUGAAAAGAGAGAGAGAAUAAAUGUUGUAAACAGUGGGAAGCUUAUUCGGGAAAGGGGGUUUGGAUAGGCAAUAUUUUCACUGAAAAUCUUCUUUAUAAUGUUCCCACAACCCAGCCCUUUUAUUGACAUGUUUAUAUUUUUUAAAAAUGAAACAAUGCAUGCUGAAGAAACGUGUGACAAUUUUGUUUCCUGGCUAUGAUUGGCAGGUGUAAUCUUAGAAGAAACUGGAGCUGGGCUGAAAUUAUGGUGGUGGUGGAGAAAAGAGAAUGGAUUUUAAAAUUUGGGGAGGGGAGGAGGUAAGUUUCCCCAAAAUGUUGGGGUGGAGGUUGGCUUACCUUUGUGGUGAAUAAGACAUUCUUCCCCUUUCCUGUACUUGUAAAAAAAGCCUCAUAGCCCCUUGCAGCAUCAGCAGGGUUCAGUAGUAGCCUACCACUUGUGUUUCUUAAGAAGUGCUGAACCUUGCUGCUGCUAUAAGCAAGCAUGAGGCUUUUUAAAAAGUGCUGGAAAAGGGAAGGGCUUUAGCCAACUUGUAAAAUUAACUAAGGUAAGUCAUCCCUCUUAAAAUUUGAGAAAUUUGCUUCCCCCUCCCCCACACUUUUGCAGGGGGUAGAUAGCCUCCUGAAAGUGCCUGAGAGACUAUUUAGCCCAGACUUAGGAGAAGCAGUCUUCCAUCUCACACCAGGAGGAGAAACUCUUCUGAGAUGGUGGCUACUGCCUAAGUUUUUCCCCCUCUUCAGUUCAAGCACUGCUUUCCUUUGUGGGCCAGAGGCAAAAAUUCAGUGGUGUGACAGAUAAUAAUAACUCUUAUUUUUGUACAGUAGGCUACAUUCCAGCCAUGCUUUUUUAACUACACACUCAACUCUCUAUCCAGGCAAAUGAGACUUUAUCACAGUUGAAGUAUCCAACAAGGCAAAUUACUUGAGGAGGGAGUGACUGGUGGGAAGAGUGGCCUGAGGAGAGUCCUGAGGGUCAGAUGGAGAGGCCCAGAGGGCUCCGUAUGAUCCCAGGACCUGGAUGUAAAGUGUACCUUCUUUCAAACUUUUGUUUGUAUACAAAUGCUGCAGCUUUAAUUGAGUACAAAAAGAGGAUCAUUCAGCUAAUGCUCCUUAAUUCAGGUGAGAGUCUUAACUGAAAUACGAUGUUCAAACUAGGCUUUAUAGGUAUGUUGACAUGUAUGCAUAUGGAACUACAUUAUAGCUUGUCAGACUCAUUUAUUUAAUUUUAAACCCUUCACGUUUUCUAUUUCUUAUUACUAGAACAACAACAACCUUGAUGCUUGUUGUCGAGCUCUUGCACAGGAGAGUAACAAAUACCUAUACAUGGAGUACCACCCAGAUGACACUCGUCACAGGAAUCGCCAUCUGCAUAUUAACCUCGGCAUCCAUCCUCACACCAGCUAUCACGGAGGGGAUGGAGCUCAACUUAAUGGUGGUCGUACACUGGUACAUAGUUCAAGUGAUGGACAUAUUGAUCCACAACACACAGCAGGUAAACAACUGAUAUGCUUAGUUCAAGAACCACACUCUGCUCCAGCUGUUGUGGCAGCUUCUCCCAACUACAAUCCAUUUUUUAUGAAUGACCAGAAUAGAAACGCAGCUACUCCUCCUUUGCAACCACCUCAGCAACCUUCUUCCAUACAACCUGGAAUGAAUACAUCUGCUAUGCAAGGCCCACCUCCUCCUGCGUAUAUGCACAUACCUCGGUAUAGCACAAAUCCUAUAACUGUUACAGUGUCGCAGAACCUCCCAUCUGGACAGACUGUACCCAGAGCUUUACAAAUUCUUCCUCCAAUUCCAAGCAAUCCUUACGGGAAUCCUGGAUCUCUCUAUAUUAGGCAGACAUCUCAAAGUUCUUCAGGACGACAGACUCCUACUCAGAGUGCACAGUGGCAUUCAUCGCCACAAGGCCCAGUGCCCCAUUAUAGUCCACAUCCACUGCCUGUUUAUCCGCACCAACAAAACUAUCAGCCUUCUCAGUAUUCUCCAAAACAGCCCCAGAUUCCUCAGUCGCCUUUUCAGUCGCCACCUGCUUCUCAGUGUCCUUCUCCUUUUGGCUCUCCUCAGCAUCAAGUUCAGCCUAGCCCGUUGGGCCAUCAAAGUUCCCAUGUGUUUAUGCCUCCUAGUCCUUCAACUGUGCUACCCCAUUCAUAUCAACAAACACCCCAAACAUAUCAGAAACCAAGUGGACACUCAGUAUCUUAUCUUCCAUAUGGUGGACCUAGCUUAUCCAAAAGCUCCAUGAACAAGAUAGAAAUUACCGUUGAGCCACCACAAAGACCUGGGACUACAAUGAAUAGGAGCCCUUCACCUAUAAGUAACCCACCUUCCCAACGGAAUCAGCACCCACUGUACGCACCUGCUACUCCUCCUUCAAGUUCUCCUUCCAGAAGUAUGUCAGGUCAGCCCAAACCUCCUUAUAGUGUUAAUCCUUUAUAUAUAACAUAUACACAGCCAGCUGGACCUACGGGUGUGCUUACUCAGUCACCUCGGGUCAUGGUAUCUCAGCCAAAUCCAGCAAUUUUUAAAAUCACCGUAGGCAGAGCACCAGCUGAGAACCUUUUAAAUUUAGUGGACCAAGAAGAGCAUUCUGCAGCACCAGAACCAAUUCAGCCUAUUUCAGUUGUACCAGGAUCUGGAUGUGAAAGAGGAAGCCAUAAGUAUCAGAGGAGCUCCAGUUCUGGGUCCGAUGACUAUGCUUAUACUCAAGGUAAACUUAUUGAAUUGCAUGUUGCAGUAAUUAUCGAAAAGAAUUAUUUGCACUGUGGUACAUCCUCCGUGCUUUGGUUUCUAAACUACUAACAGUCUUUCAAUUUCUUAAGCCAUUGCGGAAUGCCAUGGUUAUUUUAUCGGGAUUCAUUAAUGGCAAAUAUAUAUCACCUUAUUUCAUAAGAGAGAAGAUAGAAUGAGCAUAUACUCUGGAAGUUCAUUGUCUCUGCAGCAGCAAAGGAGGUGUCAGGAUGUAGCUUAAGGGCUACUUUGCCACUGUAGUGUGGGACGAUGUUGCAGUAUAUUGCAUUGAUACAAUGUGGUUCAGAAGAAACAGUUGUUGAUGCCAUAUAAUGCAUAACCUAAUUAGCACAGAAAUGGUCUGGGGGUUGGAAUGGAUAUGCUUAAUUCAAUUGACUGAAUACCACCCUAGAGUAACUUCUGCCCAUAUAGAGCUAACACAGUCCUGCAUAUCUUAGCGUACUAGACUUACUGUGCAAGGUUAGAAUUUACAGAGCAAGUAGUGGUCUUGAUGUGCAAUAACAUUACAUGCUGUUGAGGCUUUGUCAGCGCAAACUCCUGUGUAAUGUCAAAACUGGUUGAAGUUUUUGGAUUGAAGAUGGGUUUAUCUGCAGUUCAAUAAUUUUUGAAGUGUGUUAUUGAAGCCUUUUUAAUUUUUUUCAUGUUUUUGAAGUACAUCUGCUAAGAAACUAGAUGCUUUAGCAAAAACACCAUAGUUGAUGUGGAGAGGAGAACAUGCAUAAAGGUGCAUUAUUGUGGAGUGCUUUUGAAACCUAAUUAAGCUUCCAAUUGUAUGAUGAGCUACUUUUCCAAGGCUGCAUAGGAAGGUUAACAAUAAUGUUUGUUACCUAGCAAAGAGAAAGGAGACAAAUGGAUCUGGGCCCUUGAUAAAUUUGGUUUGGGAUGACUGUAGCUCUGUAAUUGGGGAGCAGCUCAGUGGUAGAAAACCUGACUUGCAUGUGGAAUGUCCCUGAUUCAAUUCCCUGACAACUCCGGUUAAAAGUAUCAGAUACCAGCUGAUGUGAAAGGCCUCUAUCUGUGACCUGCUAGUCAGAGUAGGCAAUAUUUUAUUAUUUAUUUUCAGCAUCUAUAAGCUGCCCUAAAAACAAAUAGGGUGAUUCACUAAUUAAAAAAAAACACAAGUUAAAAAUCAUAAAUAAUAAAAAUGAUGAUACAAACUGAUUCGGCAUGAUAGAGCAGAAAAUAAAACCAUAAAAACCAAAGCAAACUUUGCACCAACAGAUUUAAAAGGACUACAGAGAUAAAAAGGUAUUUAUCUAGCGUUGAAAAGAUAGUAAAGAAGGUGCUAGGCGAACCUUUUUAGGGAGGGCAUUCCAUAGCUAGUAUGCCAUAUCUCUCCUGGAGAUGACAGCCAGAGAAGGACCUCUAAAGAUGACCUCAGGGUCUGGGUAAAUAACAUGGGAAGAGGCAAUCUUUCAGAUACUGGACCUAUCUUCAAUAUUGGGCUAGAUGUACACAUAGUUUUGGAAACAUUAUUGUGUCUGGUGAUCUAAACAUGUUUUUAAAAAAACAAAAUAUGGCAGAGUUUAUAUAGUUGUUCGGUUUUACCCUACUUCUCAGAUCUCCAGUUUAGAGACCUAAGAUAGCAUAACACUAACAGAUUUCUGUCUGAUCUCCUAAAGCAUUCCUGCUUAGCAGGUUGACAACGCUAGCGUAGAUGGACCUGUUGGCAUAGCUCAGUAUGAAUCAAAAUUUGUAUAUAAUUUAUAACAAGGAAGAAGAGCUAGCUUUGAUGUAUUGUUUUCAGCUGUGGAAUAGUCUGAAACCAUGGCACUGGUUAACAUGACAAUGGUUAGAGCCAAGCUAGGUUACUUUUGUUGAGGUCACUGAAAUCUACAGGACUUAAAUCAUAACUAAUAUAUCCCAUUGAUUUCAGUAGAACCUAACUUCAGUUAACUUAAUUUAACUCUAUCUAUUGAAAUCUAAGCCUUUCAUAGGAACAACUAUAUCUUGUAUCUUGCAUCUUGCUCUUCUACCAAAGUGCUUAGAGAUGUUUAUACAAACAUACAGAGUUUGUAACUCAAAGCAGUUAAUUAUAUUUUUAACUCUUGAACUUGCAUACUAUUUCAUGGAUAAAUUGGACUGUCGAUGUAUUACUUCAUUCCCAUACUAUGUUUUUUUGCUCUGGGCUAGGUGCAGGAUUGUUUUACUCUGUACUAAAAAGAAAUCCACAUCCCGUGCCAAGAUAAUUCCAGUUUCUGUAACUUGUAUAAAUUAUUCCAGUUAAGCCCCCUUGCUGUAUUUCUCUUGCUUUUGUAUGAGCUAUUCUAAAGUUUACACUAGUUUGCACAGUUUAUGCUUCUCCUGCUAGUCAUGGGGGGAAAUGAAGACUUCCAAAGUAUGGCAACUCUGCCCUCAAACCCGUGGAAAAGGUACAAGUGUUGUACCUUAGUACCACAAGUGUUGUACAGUACCCCAUAUAUUUGAAUAUAUGGGGUGUAGUUCAUUUUACUUCUCAGUAUAGCAUUCCUUACAAUGUAAAUUUGAAAAGGAGCAUAUGUGUUUAGAUAAAAGAGUAGAAUGCUGGCUAAGGAUGAUUGGAGGAGACUUGAGAGAGAAGUAUGCAGAAUGACGAGGAUGUAUCAAGAGAAAGUAAUGAGUAACAAUGUGCUAAAUAAUUGAGCUGCAAAACCGAACACUGAAAUGUAAUAUCACAGUUCAUACUGUCCUCAUUCAUUUUGUGAAUGAACCAUUGGCCUUGCUACAGAUGUCUAAUUGUGACAUUUAGUAGAGAAAUAAUGCGACUAUGCAUUCAACUCAAUUUACAGGACCUCUUCUAAAUGUCUUUAUAAUGUGGAGGGAGGCUUUGUAGAUCUAUAUUCGGAUGGUGGGAAAUCUUGUGUACUCAUGUUUUAAGUAACACAAGCUGCAGAAUAUUUCAGAGGAACAGAGGAUGGUCAAGAAUAGCUGUGCUGAAGGGCUCCCAUGUUGUGACUCUGUUUGUGCUUCAGUUUCUCCCACUACCACUACAAUGCAGUUGGCAGCAAGUGGAAGAAACUGCUUUCCUGCUGUCUGCCACAUCUGAGCUGCCAGGGAGUUGGGUGCUGUUCAAUUGGCAGGCAGCCCGAGACCUGAAAUUCUCCCUAAAGACAGACGGUGUGAGUACUUUGAACAGUUAGGAAGAGCAACCCUGCAUUUCCAGCACACUACAAAAAGAGUCAUCAGUUUCUUCAACACAGCAGAUUGCAUUUUUGGAAGCCCUGUGGAAAGAGCAAGAAAGAAGGGUCUUCAGAAAUUUAUAGACCCUCUGCUUGUAGAGUGCUUUUCACUCAUCCCACCCACUCUCUAAAGCAAAUGCCUUUACUUUGCAAUCUCUCUUGAUUUCCCCCCACUAAGGACAAAAAUGGAGAGUUGGGAAUUACUACAAAAUCUAGAAUUCGGUCCAGUAGUUAAACUUAUACUCUACAAUGAAGUCAGUUAAGGAGGGUCAGCCUCAUCAUAUGUUCUGUUCUGUUAACUAAUUUGUAUGUCCUAAUCUAGUCACAGGCUGCUGCAGUUGAUUAGAGCACUGAGUUUGUAAUCUUUUAGGUUAAAACUGCUUUUCCAAAGAGUAAAAGCAGCUUUUGCUAUAGUAAUAUGCUCCAUUGUAUCAAGUGAACUUGAUUGCAAGCAGUGGAGAUCAUCUUGUAGCCCAGUGUCUUAUACCUUUUGAUUUUUAGGAUUUAGUCUUGUCAGUACACUGUUACAAUUAGAUUGCCAUUUCAUCCUGCACAGGUGCCUUUUAUUUUUGAGCGGACAAAGAACAAAAAAAAGAAGCAGUGGCCAGAAAUGGUAAUAUCCAAGUUACUGUCUAAAAUAAUUAUUUUUAUGAUGGAAGAACUUUAUGUCUACAAGUAUAGUUCCAUUAGCAUGAAACAUUUCUACACUGAUGUUUGGCUGCAUGUUUAUACUCACUUUCUGCUCUUAAAAGCUCACUUGUAUAUACUAUUCCAGUUGCAAGUUGGGUUUUUCAGUCUUGUGUAUUUGCACUGACUUUGUUCUCUAUACCACACUAGCCUUGUUGUUACACCAACGUGCAAGGAUGGAGAGGCUAGCAAAGGAACUGAAGUUUGAAAACGAGGAGCUUGAGAAGCUCAAAGCUGAAGUGAAUGGCAUGGAACACGAUCUUAUGCAAAGGCGUCUGAGAAGAGUAAGCUGCACAACCUCAAUCCCAACAGUAAGUAAGAAGCUUUUAAAAUAUUAAAGUUGUUCCCUCCUAAUGACAGGGUUUGUCACUGUCAUGCCAUAUAUAUAUUAUAUAUCAUUCAUAUUCUGCCAGAUAAGGUUCAGUAACCAGUCCACUUCAGCAGCUGGGUAUCAGCAUAUUCUGGUAGCUGGUCCAUGUUUUUUCCCAGACCAGAAAGAGCAUGGUAGUGUUUUCUUUGGUAUUAGCUGUAGAUUUGCCCCAACAGCUUGCAUGUUAGCAACAUAGUGGUCCCAUCAGCUGGGAAUAAGAACCCAGGCUGGGAUAAGCUAUGAUAGGAAAAACAACUUUGUGACCCUGGUAGAAGCACUGUCAUACUUGAAGGAAGGGAAAGGUGAAAGGAAUAGGGCAGGUGACUGAUUUUAAAUUUUAAAUACGCUGCAGUCUAUAAUAAACUUUUCUUGAGAUAAUGUCAUUCAACAUCCAAAUGUUUUAUAUUUCUAAAUUGGUGGUUCUUUCCCUUCUGACAAGGAAACUUAAUCUGACUAUGAUAUUCUAAAACAGGUGUGGGGAACCUUUGACCUUUAAGAUGUUGCUGAAUUGCAGCUCCCAACAGCUCCAGCAAGCAUGGCCAAUGACCAGGGAUGAUGGGAAUUAUAGUUUAGAAACAUCUGGAGGACUAUAACCCCACACUUGUCCUAAAAUCUAUAUUUUGUGGAGAUUCACAAGUACAGGGUGAAUUAAUUGCCUGUAUCAUUCAAGAAAUUUGCCUGUAUCAUUCAAGAAAUUUACCAAGUUUUAUUUAUAAUGAAACAAAACCACACAUAAGUGCAUCUAAGCUACAUUGGUUUGAAACUUGUUUAACUGUCUUGGUUUAUUCGCAAGAUACAUUUGGAGUCAUACUACUGUGAUGGUGCUGAAACUCCUGUUACUGAUCAAUACAGAAAGUAUUAAUUUUAAAUCAAUAUAAUUUAAAUCGGAAAUUUAUGUCCUGAUUUCAGUUCCCAAGCUGAUAAAUUGGCAAUAAUGUUUUGCCUGGAAAAAAGUCCGUACUAAUUUAGUAUUAUGCCAGUGGAAACGUACUGGUUCUCACUUUUGAAAUGUUCUGGUCAAGGGACCCCACAAACCUUUUACACUACACAAUUCCAUCUGCAUAAAAAUAAGGAGAGGAAGAACAGCUAAAUUAAUAUUUCACUGUACUUAUGUAUGUGCAUGGCUUAACAAAAAUGGUUAUGCUGACUUCUGUUUCUAUUUUUGGUUCUGCUUUCUAGCCUGAGGAGAUGACCAGAUUGAGAAGCAAGAACAGGCAGCUCCAGAUAAACGUUGACUGUACACAGAAAGAAAUAGAUCUCCUUCAGUCUAGAGGUAUAUAUUUUAAAAUACUUACAAAAAUAUGUGUUUGUUUUGAGCUGUAUAUUUGAAUAUUAUUGUUGUUGGCAUCUGCCUGUCUCGGGAGACAGUAGAGAAGUGUGCCUUCAAGGGUAAAGUCAAACUGUUGGUUACAGCGCCUGCUGUGGCUGUAGAGACUGGUGCAGUUGUCCCAUGUGUGAUGAUCCUCCCCAACUCUGGGAUUGCAUUUUCCCAGCAGGAUUAGGCGUUUGGAGGCUGGAACUCUCCUGGCAGCCUGGUCUGAUUCCUCAUAGAACAGGUUCUUGGCCUGUAUGUCAGAGCACAUAGUGGAAGCGUAAAUGCUCAAGGUGUUAACUGGACCAGUGGUGAUUGAGAGGCAGCAGGAAAGCAAGCAUUCUGAGCCCUCGGUUAGUGGUUCUAUUGCAAACAGAAGGCAGUGCCUCACUGCAAAGCCUAUGUCAUUAAUAUAAGGUUCUUCUGGAUGCCCUCCUUGCCAGAAAAGGGGUGUAAGUCUUUUCUUGGAGGUUGCCAUUCAAAGCGAGUCUGGUCUCUUGCAAAGUGGCAACAUCACUGUUGAGUGUUUUCAGCUCAGGGUCAAUGAUGUCCAUCUUCUGCGAGUCGUUGACCUGCAGCAGGUCGGUGGACAAGCCAGGACACAUGGUCCUGAUGUUCCGGCUUGCUAAGCACAAGAAGGGUUGUUUCUUUUCUUUCUUGCCUGGUGCCGUACUUCAGUCUGCUUGUCAAGUGAUACUCUGAGUACCCACUGAAGCAGUCGGACAGUGGCAGGUCAGCACUUUAUUGACCAGGGGCUGCCCAGCUUAAGGGUGAGUAGUAGCUGACUGGUGAGACAUGAUGAUCUCUCCUGCUGACAAAGGCAACCCCUAGUGCUUGUACCUUAGACCAUGGUGUUUUUUGCAGCAUUUGCAUCACCAAAGUGAUCUCUUCAGGGCACAAGCCUGGGCAGUGUAUAUGGAGGUCCUGGGCUGCCCAGAUGACCCGCCCCCUGUGUCCUUGCCAAUGAGGCCCAAAGGAAAGCAAAACAGUAUACAAAUGUGACUGGUUUCAUGCACAUUACUAACAUGUUUUGACUGUCCUAUAUCUAGUGCAAAGUGAUAUAAACCUGCAGUUGUUUUCUCUUUGCCAGUUAUUUAUGCUGUUGGAUGCUGGGUAUUUCAGUUAUGCUAAACGUUGUGGUUUUUAAUUUUUUUUGUUCCUUUCAUUAAGGAGUAUAAAUUGAAAAGGGCACUUGCAAAAGCUGAUUCUGACAGUGUUCCAGGGAAUUGCAUUUUUAAUUACAAAACAGACAUAGCCUUUUCACCCUGAAAACACAGUCUCCUCAAAGAGCAAGGCAUUAUUUACUUACUGAUUGAUUUAAAAAGUAAACUUCUCCUCUGCUAAUUCACCAUAAGGUCCCAAGGCAGGUUACAGCAGGGUAAGAAUACAAUAUUAAAUCCGUUAAAAUAACUUAGAAUCUGAAGAAUAGGGUGGGUCCUAAAAUUAUUAAUAUCAGGUGCCAAAGGCCAGGGUAAAGAGGUGCAUUUUCAGCAUACAGUGAAAGCUAUACAAUGAAGGUGCCAGAUGCACUGGUGUGAGGAGGAAAUUCCACAGACUUCCAUGACAGGAAAGUCUAGACAAAGACCUGAAGGAGACAGUGUAGGCUGUCAACAUCUCUCACGUUGAAAACAUGCAUGUGAACUAAAGCUAGUCACUUUUGUUACUAUUUGUUCCAUGGGGAGCAUAAUUUUUCUGUUUUUCUGUUUUAGGGAACUUUGACCCAAAAGCCAUGACUAACUUUUAUGAUCAUAUAGAGCCUGGUCCUGUUGUGCCACCAAAGCCAUUUAAAAAAGGUGAGUCGCUAAUAAAAUGUUCAAUAUUUAGUUUCUAGUAGAUCGCUGCUGAAGAAUUUUUAUGCUGAGUAUUAGUAUUUCAGUGUGUUGUAUCUAAUAAUAGAUUUGUUGAGACUGUUGUCUUGUGAAACAUAUUUUGCCUUUCAUUAUUAUAUGCUGUACAAGUGGUGUAUGGAAAAACCACUUAGCCCAGGGGUCUGCAACCUUUAAGACAAAAAGAGCCACUUGGACCCGUUUCCGAAGAGGAAAAAAACUGGGAGCCGCAAAACAAGCCAAAUGUAAAUAACCACACAUUCUUCCCCUUCCCCCAUUCUCUCUCUUUUCCCUGAGUCUAUUUCAGAUAGGAAAGAGGGGUAUGGUACCUCUCAUAUCCAUUUUUUGCAAAGCACCAUGUGCAUAGAGGGCAUUAUACAAAUUAAUACAUAGAAAAGUGUCUGUCCCUCCCUGCAGUUCAACUCCCUCUCUUUUUACUAACAGCACAUAUCCAUUCCUUCUGCUGGUGCAACUUUCUCAUCAUUUCUACAUAGCAGCAUUUAUAAACCAGUGCCAGAGAAACUGGGUGAAAGGAAGGUGAGAGGAAAGAGAUAUGAAUAUUUAUGUGUGUAUAUGUAUACAUACAUACACCUACACAAUUACAGGUUUGAAGCCAACUUAAAAUAAAAAGAGCUGGUAAGCAAAGGAAUCUGUGGUGCUUUCCUUGGGAUCCGGGGACAUGUCAGCUAAUACUCUUCCCUUUCUUCUUCAUUUGCUUGUCUCUGCAGCAAAUCUCGAGGGGGAAGGGAGAAGGGCAGGGAUUGCAUAGGCACGAGAGAACGGGGGAAAUCCCGCAUGCAGGAUUUUGGUGCCUAACAGCCCCCCCUCCCUCUGCAAUUGCUCUCGUGCUCCCCCGCCUCUCUCUGAGGCCGAGAUGCUGCAUCACAGCACCUGCUGGCUACCUCUGGACCUCCUCCUCGUCACUGACGUAAUUCACCCCUUCCUCUCUGACAGGGAGGGCGGGCCCAUUUUGUGGUUCACCUCAGGUGCUCUCCCUCAACUCGGCAGCCACUCAGAAGCAAGGCACGGAAAAGGAUCCCGAAGCACCACCACCACCCCUCUCUCUCACACACACACAAAAACCCCGCCCCGCCAUUUCCCUCGAGCGCGCGCUCUCUCUCUCCCUUGCCUCAGGUGCCUUGCGCGCGGGGCUGAGGAGAGCGUGGCCUGGGAGAGUGUUCCCCCUCACCACCACCGCCGCCGCCCCCCCCGUCCUACCCUGGGGGAAGCUAUGAGCCAUGAAGCUGCCUGGCAGAACUUCCCUCCGGCGGCAGAAGCAGCAGCAGCCCUUCUCCGGCCGCCGCCUCCGCCUCCUCCUCCAUCCCAGCAGCCGCCGCCUCUCGAGCUCCGCUGCCGCCGCCUUGCUUUGCCCGGCUCGGCUGCCCAGCUCCAGCCCCCUCCUCUUUCUGGCACGUCUGCUUUUCUGCUCAGGGUCCCCGAGGAUCUGCGGAGCCGCGGCAAAGGUGUAAAAGAGCCGCGGGUUGCCGACUCCUGACUUAGCCUAAUGUAUUGUGAAUACAGAAAUAGUUAGAGCAGUAUAAACGGCCAUUUCACGACACAUUUAGAUUAUGUUUUUGCAUGAAGUAGGAUGUUGUGAAAAGUAGCAGACAAUCAGCUUUACAUUUUAGGUUCACCUUUUUGUUUUUUUAAGAUAGCUCUUUCUUGAUUAAGAUGAUUUUGCGCUUUCAGCUUUAUGUACCAUGAUUUUCCCAGCUUGUACAAAUUAUUUUUUUAUUUCCCCCUUUAUGUUAUUUAAGUGCAGCACCUUCUCCUAACUGGUUUCUUCUUUUGCUCAGCAGUUUCCCACUCCCUAUCUGUCCCUGUUACCUCUGCUGGAAUUUUGUCUGCUUAGGAGAGAAAAAUACAACUCUGCAACUACAGAAGUGUUACUGUCUUUCUUCCCUACCCUGCCCUUCCUUACUUUUGAGUGUGAUCUGCCUCCUGUAUCUCCACUGGGAAAACCCCUCUUGUAGCAGGGACAAAUUCAGGGACUGAAAACACCACAGCGAGAACUGGCAGUGUGAAAGCCCAGGUGGCCAGUUCUGAUGACCGUGUGAUCAAAUAAUGAAUCAAUUAAUCUUCCUGUCUCUUUUCUUUCCUCUCGCCUGCUUUUCAUGUUCAUUAUAGUUGGACACAUCUUACAGAAAUUUCUGUUCACCUAAACCCUUAUCAUCGUUUCACCGUGGCUCUAUUGGACAACCUACAGUCAUUUGGGAAAACUAACACAGCUUAAAAAUAAAUCUGUGAAAUGUGAUUGCCAUAAGUCAGCCCUAUGGAUAUUUUCAGAAGAAUAGAGGGUGUACAUUAUAUAACCUAAAGAACUUGGUGCCAAGUGCUAAAAUAAUACACAAAAGAAUGUUUGUGGCUUUCUGCCAAGUAUUAGCUACAGUAAUUUGAUAGUGCUUUGACAGUGUAGCAUGAAUGUUUAAACACUGAUGUUGCAUCAUUUAACCUUUUACGGAAGACACAGGACAUACGUACUACGUACUUCUCCCUACAUUCAUUUUGCUAUCACUCUAAAAAAUGCUUGCUAAUGUGAGGGUAGGCGGCUAUAGUAAGCCGUUUGUGAGGAACUGAGAGCAUAAAAGAGAGGCAACAUUAAAGCCUCUCUUGAUAUCUAGUGGCAAAAUUUGAACAGCAUGGAAAACAUAGGACACUUGAGUAAGCAAAUUAUCUUUGGCUUAACUUUGUGGUUUUGUGCCAAAUCUUACUGUGACAAAUUCAUUCUGGUUGAAUUCACAUGGGUGUAAAUAGAUUCGUCUCACACAUGACUGAAACAAUAAGGUAUGAAGUAGGUAUGAAAGUAAUGCAGUAUAGGGAUUUGUAGAUGCUAUAGAAUAAUUAAUGAUAUAAUGAAGUUAUGGCAGUGGUAAUGUUCUGUAUCAUGCUGAACAUCUAGGGGACCAGAGUAAUGUUUGCUAUACAUUCAGAAGCUGCCUGGUCCAUCUCCUCCUUGCAAAGAAGAGCAAGAAGUAAAUGCUAGUGUUUAAUGUUAACCUGCGCCUUAGUAGUGAUAUCUUCCAGACUGGGGUCCCAUACUAUGCUCUGACAUAGCCUCAUAAUGCUGGGAUGUAGACCAUGUCUAAGAAACACUUUAUAACUGAAAUAUUUUGUGUGUUUUGGCCUCCCCUGGGAACAAAGGUAAAAUCAGAGGUGGAUAACAAUGUGGUUCCAAAAUGUUAAAACUUCAGUAGUCUUAUUAUAUUAUCAUGCAUGGCUUUGGUGUGUUUUAAAACUGAAGCGUUUAAAAGAAAAUAUUUCUCUGUAGAUCAUCAGAGAAGUUCCAAGCAAGCUCCACGAUCACAGCCAAGAGACGAAGACUUUGAAGGAGCUCCGUGGAAUUGUAAGAGCUGUACUUUUUUAAACCACCCAGCAAUGAAUCGCUGUGAGCAAUGUGAAAUGCCACGGUAUGCCUGAAUCCAUAAAGGUCUGCUUUGGAUUAAAAACAGGCUCUUGAGGACACAGCCAUAGGAGACGAAUAUAUGAGACACCUUUCAGUCAUCUGCCAGGCGUUUGCCAGCCAAUUAUUUCAAAUUAUAAGGGAGAGAUCCCCCUUCCAUUCAUGCUGCACUAAAUAAUAGUUUGGGGAAAAUACUCUUAUCCCACUGCGUUGAGCAAGACUGAAAGGAUACCCAAAAUGGAUUCCCUCUGUGAAGAAUGUAUAAGGAAUCAGAUGAUUGCUGCUGUUCUAGCCCCUAUAAUUACAUUUGCUGGGUAGUAGCCCUUAUAUAUAUAUAUAUUUUUAUAAGCAUAGAACUAUUACUUUGUGGUGUGAAGUGUUACAGGUAUCCAGACAAACUGUGAAGAACCAGAUCUGAUAAUCUGGCCACAGCCGUUUGGAAAACAAAGACUCCCUAUGUUUCCAGAUUGUAAACUACUGAAAAAGAAGGAAGGUGUUUUUCUUUUUUGGGGGGGAGGUGGGGGUGGGCAAAAAAAGUAAAAAAUAAGGAUAUUUGUAAAUGCUGCUUUUUUCAGGGUAAUUUAAUUCUACACAAAUGCUGUUUUGAAAUUGUCGAUCAUGGUGAGGAGGGAGACGUACUGUAUGAGCCUUAUUUAUAGAGUACAAUCAGAGGUGAUUUUACAAUCCCUUUUGCUUGUACAGCACUCACCAAGUCAUGUUAACACUGGUAAUUAAGUAAUUAUAUCAUAUUACAGAGGAAAAAAAUAGUGCUGCAUGCUUUUAUUAGGCCAUUGUGUUUUAAAGCUAAAAGUAAAUUAUGCUUUUAUAAACAACGUUCCCUUAAAACUGUGCUUGAUGACAGUAGAGUGGACGUAUGCCAAAUGCAGAACUAUUCCAAAUUCUUUUUGGAAGACUUGAGCUCAGCCAUUGUUAUGUAUGAGAAGUGUUUGCACCCUUUUCCUUAGGCCUUUUCAGCUUCCAAUUAUGUGAAGAAUUCAUUAUGUUUACAGCACAGAAGGUACUUUGUGCCCCCAUUCUGAUUUAGCUGAAAAACAGUAAUCAAUAUUAGCUCUUCAAUAAAGGUUUAUUUGCACACUGUCAAUAAACCAGUCUGUAUUAAUUAGUAAGAGCAGCAGAUCUUUAAAUGCAUUUUUUUAAUAAAAAAAAUUGGGCAGUUAAUAGGCAUAAACAAAACAAAACAAAGUGGAAUUGUACUGGUACUUUUAUUCAUCUGAUUAUUAUAAAGAGGAUGUUUGAUUUGUUUGAGUGCUAGGUUGCUGAAAUAAAGCACUCUUUUGUGAAGGUUUCUUGGUUUGGAAGUUGAGUCAUUCUAUAACAAAACUGUUCAAGAACAGUCAGACUGUUAUUUUCCUCACUGAUAAAGCACUGGAACAAUGUGUGUAAUUUCUUGCACUCUUCAAUUAUAUUACUCCAAAUACUUGCACCUUGUGCAAGCAAGUUUCACAUCUUGCCCAUGUAAUAAGAUGUAGAGGUUGUCCAUGCAAAGUGGAAUUUAUCUGGUAUGUAAAAUCUUACUGAUUUAUAUCAAACAGCAAAGGAACACAGUGAAGUGAAAGGAACCAGUGUUGAGAUUUCUUUUCUAAAGUCAUGACUUUGACACUUACAAAUAUGACUGCUGAACAUCCUGACGAAAUUUUAAGAAUUCUACUGCUCUAAUUAACAAUUCAGUUAUGGAAUUGUUUUGUUCUUAGGAAAUGGAAAAACAAAGAGAUAAGAAGCAUGGGAUUUUUCAGUUAAAUUGCAUCAUGUGUUUGUAACACUUGCCAUGAUUUCAUAUUGAUCCUCUUGCCUUCUUUGAACAUAAGCUCCUGUUUGGCACUAUUAGGUGCUGCCAUUGGUGAGGAAACUGAAGUCAUUUGAGUUAUGAGUAGAGAGCAUGUUUGAAAGGUAUGUACCACUUUUUCAUACCUGUGUGACUUGAAUGGUUUUUGGUUGGGGAGUGCUAACCUAUCACUUCUGGGUGCAAUCCACUAUAAGUGCAUGCUUUCUGAAGUCAGUCAGUGUAAGUCCUACAGGGUCUUUGCUGUAAGCAUACAGCUCUUUUAGGCUUUCCCUGUUUCAUUUUUUUUGGUAGGGAAUGCUCUACUGCACGUAUUAUUUCCAUAUUAUGUGAACAGUAUUUUCUGACUCAUGGGAGAUAACAGGGAAGAUACAUAUAUAAAUUGCAGUACUGCAUGGUGGAUCUGUGACCGUGUUGUUAUGGAGACCUAUUUCCUUUUACUCAUAGUUUUACUUGUGGAGUAGAAGGUGAGAACGUAGUUUGUUGUGGGGGAGAUGGUAGCUAGUGGUCAUGUUGAUUCUUAGGAGAAAACGUUAAACUAAUCAGUUACACUCAUUGAUUCUGCAAAAAAAAAAUCAAACAAAAGCAAAACUAGUGUACAUGCUGCAAAAAAGCUGCUGCAAAACUGUUGUAAAUAUCCACACUGUAAAACUGAUGAUGGUAAUAAAACUAAUUUUCAUCUGGAAGUUAUAUACGAGCAUUAGGUAUCAAUUUCCACUUGGAAUUCACUUGUGAAUAGGUGACACCAACCAAAGUGGGUUUAGGUUAUGCCAGAAUAAAUGUUGAUUGCAUAAAACCUUUGGUUAAUGUGUGAAAGACCCCAUGAUACUAAAUGCAGUGCAGUGUAUACAACUUCAAAUGUGCACAUCUGUGUGUGAUGGGCGUUUGAGGUCAUCAUGAAUAUUUAAAAUGCACUACUUCUUAGUAACAGCUGGUCUUUUCCUUGCCCAUAGAACUUGGGUCAGUACAGGGAGUACCCUUAUUGGAUGCUAGUUAUUCAAGACUGUCCAGUUUCUCAAGUAAAUGUCUGUUUAUAAAUGCCUGUUUUAUAUUUAACUGCUGGUAAAAUGAUUCCCCUUUCCAUAUAAAAUAUAAAAGCUCCUCCAAGUUUUAGUCAAUAGAAUAGCUUGUGGAAAACAUUGGAAUAUACUAUAGCAUACAAAAAUUAAAUCCUGUACUUGGAUAUAUGAUAUUGCUAUCAAGCUAGCUUGCGUAGCAAAGGAGGGGCUAAGAAAGCAACGAGAAAAUGUUUUGUGAAAUAGAUCAACUUGAGAAGUGUGUUUGUGUGUCUGUGGUAUGUGUGUUUUUCCCCGUUAUGGCAGAUGUGUGAAGCAAGUACAUUUUUUAAAGAGCUGGUCUCAGUCAUACUACUAAGUCAAUGUUUCUUUCAGUUGUGUUAUGCUCCAUUUAUGUACUGUUCCUUCACUUCCCCACCCCUUUGAUUAUAAAUCUCUUUAAAAUUUCUUGGAUUUAGUCUUUUUGAAGACAAUUUUUUUUUUAAUUUUAAAGAGAUGAUGAAAAGUUUAAACAUGCUGAUGGCUAAUGGUAUUGUGAUCUUGGCUUGAUAAACUUUUAACACAAGAAGCCUGAAACAUGUAAUUUGAAAUACAAAAUUUUACAGUGUAGUUAUUGAAGUAUCCAGCCGGACUCUCAAUUCCUCUGUCACCUGCUCAGGUGCUAUGAGUCUACAGAGAGCUGAAAAUGUGCGCAGAAAUAAAUGCAUAUUAUAGCCAAUGCUGCCUCUGUGUGCUAUCUGUUUUUCCAAAUAAUUGUUCGAAGUUGAUAUGUAUUUGAGCUAUUGACAUCUUGUUUCUGUUAUUACUGAGUGGUCUUCUUGUUUUUGAAACGAGCAAAGGCCAAGAGUCAAGCAAUAUUCUAAUUCUCAAGACCUUUGAACAAACUUUUGAAUUGUGUUAUCUGUGACAAAGCCAAUGUAUCUGAUCUAUACUUUUUGCUCUGUUGAAGUCCUGUUAAUUUUUUUCACUAUAAAACAAAAACCACGAUCUUUUGAAAUCCUGUAAAUAGGGUGUUCCUUACAUUCUAGAUUUAUGUAUGCUGUGAAUGGAAACAAUUACUGCAAGAUGAAAUGUGUAAAGGCAUUAAGAGGCUAUGCAUGCAUGGGACCUCGGAAUGACAUAUACUGGGAGCUGCAGUUUCCUAAAAUAAAAUAAAAAACCAAUAAACUAAGAAAAUGUAACAUCCUGCAUUUGUUUCCAUAUGUAGUAAGAAACCUUUUAAAAUACUUCUUGCUGUGUCAUCUACUCUAUCAACUUCAUGCGGAUUCUUUCUCCGUAAGUAACUGCUGUAUUAUACAUUCUAACCAGAAAAUCAGUACCUAUCUUGUUUGGUGACUACAUUAAACUUGGAUCUCCACCGUG